UUCGGGAACUAAUGUUUUAUUUUUAAAUACUUCCUCAUUUACUAUAUACCUAUUUAACGGGUUAUAUUUAUCAAAACAUUAUACUAACAACACGCUUUAUUCUUUGAAGUUCGUAAACUUUUACUUUUACAAAAAAAGUAAAUGUUUAGGUACAUACGUCAAAGUACGCCACAUUUGACAUCUCUCAAUCUCAACUUCAAAGUUAUUUAUCAAAGAAUAAAAGUAUUAGGGUAAACAUGAAAAAAUAACAACAUCGUUAUUCUAAUUACUAAAAUAUUAUUUAAAUAAUGAUAACGUUUAAAUUCUCACACUCUCUCACAAAACACUCCACAGACAUAACAUUGUAGUGGCGUUUAGUUUGUUUGAAAUAUAUUAAUUACAUUUAGAAAGAUUUAUUGGCCAAAGUAAAACGUAAAAUCGCUUAGGUUUUAUAUUAUGACAAUAAAUAUAUUUUAAUAAAAAAGAAAUUUGCAAUCGUACAGUUGCUGUAAUUUUGAAAAAAAAAUGAAGUAAUAUGUUUACUACAUUACAAUGUUAGUUUAAGUUUAGACUUAGAGGUGUCAAAUGUGACCUAAUAUAAUGAUGACCCAACUGUAGUUUGAAAUAUCAAUUCUCAUUCUCAUUGAUAAAUAAAUGUUCAGAUCUUCAGCCAUAUCUGCAUUUUAUACUUAAAAACGUCUUACUUUACGUUAACUAUAGCUGAAUUGAACGCAAAUAAUUUUAAGAUUAAGUGUUUUUUAAUUACGAGAUGGAUAGAGGAAUAUCACCACAGCAACUUUACGAUUCGUAUAAACGAUGGGUGAUAAAUAACCCUAACUUAGUAACCGACGUGGAAACCGUAGCGACUUGGUCCUCAUACUUCGUGGCGGGAAAAAUAAAUAAGUCACCAAUAGUAUCUGAACUAGUGUAUUCGUUAUCCAAACUACUGUCCCUUUUCAAUGACCGACUCAUCAAAGAAGCUUAUGGCGGAGAUAUUCAUUAUUAUGGUUUACGUGAUCAAAUAAAGCUUUGGUUAACUAUCAUUCACUACUGUGAAGUGUUUGUCGAAUUGGUAAUUAAACAGAAGUGUGGCUCGCGUGGUAAGUGGACUGCUGCUACACUAAUUCAACUUUUCAAGUGUUCUUCAACAUUCAUACUCCUGUACAAGUAUAAAGAACUACCGAUACAACACCCACCUAUACCAGCAUUACAGCGAAAGAAAUUUACUGAAGGAAAGGAGACAGGUGAUAACUUAAACUCUUUUUUUACAUUGAGACGUUCGGGGAGAGUUGUACGAAGAAUAGAGGGAGCUCCACCUGUGUCGUUCAGGGACUGGCAACCGAUCAAAAUAAACGAGGACAGAACCAGAAGUACAACUCAAAUAAAUGAACUUCUGUUAGCAGAAUCAUUACACAUUAUGAAACCAAUAAUCCAUCUCAGUGCGAUGCGAUUUUUUGGUACUAAAGCAUGGAAGCAGUGGCUGGUGGCACUCACUAUUGACAUAACCAGUAUGAAGUUAUACAAUAGGCAUAUUCAACAUUUGUCAUAUGAGCAGAGGAUUGAGAUUAGUCGUCGAAAACUAAGUCUAGUUUUGUAUUUACUUAGGAGUCCAAUGUACAAUGGAUACUCAAAGAAUAUCAUACAGAGUAUUCUCACUUCAUUAUCAAGCAAAAUACCAAUGGCUGCAUUUAUUUGUGGUCCAAUUAUUCAGUAUCUAAAUCAUUGGCAGGAAAUAUAUUUUUACAUGUGGGCAUCAUAGAUUUAUUUUAUAACUUUAAAAUCCUGGCAUUUAUUAUUAUUGAGCCCAAUGUAAUCAAUAGCAGGAGCAUGUGGACUGUAGUUUAAUAAAAGAUUUAUUUUAUGAAAAUAUAAAAGCACAAGAUACAGGACAGAUAGCAAAGGGACAAUAAUUGACAAAAGUAAAAAAUUAAAAAAACAAAUUUAAAAUAAAUAUAAAAGCCUCCUUAAAGAGGCUGAUAAUAUAUCAAAAAACAUGGUAAAGCUGUUGGCAAAAUUCACACUACUCUUACAAAGACUAUAAAUAUUUGAGUAUUUUUUUUCAUAUUUAACAGCUACCUGUGAUCACCUGCCUAUUAAAACUACUUUUUGAGCAAAAUGUGUGUGAUACUCUGCAGCUGAUGUACCACCAUAUGUAACCCAAAAUAUAUAUUUCUAUAAUGUCUUGAAAUUAAACAAAAAAACAUUUCUACUACAUACAAUAAAAUUAUGACCAAAAAUAAAUUUAAUUAGUUGCCCCUUAAAAGUAAGAUUUAUACUAGUUUUAUAAGCUUCAAAAUUCCAAGUACACAGAUACAAUUUUUAAUUUCCUCUGAGUAAGUGAGGGUGUGACAGGGUAUCACAUCAAAAUAGGAGAGCUAUUUAUAAUGUAUCACUCAAAUAUUGUUUAUUAUAUUAUCAUACAUACAAUACAUUAUAUUUAUGAAACUUAUUAUUAAAGUUCUUACAACUUAAAUCAAUAUUUUUUUAGUUUUGUUAUUAUUACUGAAAUGUCACACAGAUUGUACCAAUUAUUUUAUAGUUUAUAUAUAAAUAAAUGUAAAUAAGACAGAGGCGGACUUAUGCUUUAUGCACUCUAUGCCAGUCAACCUUACCUGUGUAAGACAUAACCCUAUGUGUCAGACCAAAAGCUGAAACCAUUGAUUUGCCGAUUGUGAAGAGGUUGACACGCAAUAUUUAAAAAUUUAUAUUUACCUUUUUUUUUAACAUAUAGAAUAGGGUAAUGAAAGUC